UCUAUAUUUUUAUCAAAAUGUUUUUUUUUUAUUAUUAUUAAUCAAAUAUACUGAAUACAGUUGUCAGCUGUUUGCAGAGAUUCAGAAUCUCUACUGGGUCUCGCCUUUCUGAGCCAUCGAGUGCCCCCUUUAGGACAUAAAAUGAUCACAGCUAAAACAGCAUAAGCCGUUCUAUUGACUUCAGUUCACUGACCAAACCCCUUAACAACGAAAUCAGCAGUUUCCACCUUGAAUACAUCACACAGUACUGUACAGCCUUGACAACACUCUUGAUCACACAAGCAUAAAGAUCACUCGAAGACACGUAGGAAUUGUUGAAGAAGAUAUGUCUGAGAAGGUCCCUAAAACAUCUCAGGACCUGACUGUUGUGGUACAGACCUUGCUGCAGCAGAUGCAGGACAAGUUCCAGACCAUGUCAGACCAGAUUAUUGGGCGAAUUGAUGAGAUGAGUAUGCGGAUCGAUGACUUGGAAAAGAACAUCUCUGAUCUCAUGACUCAGGCGGGUGUGGAGGAGUUAGAGGAGGACAUAAAAUUCACAGAGACCUCUGGAACAGCUUGAAGGCAAUGACCAACACCAUCCUAACUGCCAAGGAACACAGUGAAGACCUUCUGCUGCAGUAUCAGAAUUUUUAAAUGAAAUGUGAAUUAAUCCUUUAAGUAAUUAAUUAA